AUGGUUCUCGUACCCAGCGCGGUUAAGACAGCGCCUCCGUGCCAAGACUCCGGCUCCUCACUGACCGCCCGGGCCCGGGAGCACCCGCGCAGCUGCCGCCUCCCGCCCUGGCCGCAGCCAUUUUGGAACGGCGCAGACAAAGGGCGAGCCCCGCCGCCGCCUGCCGCGACCCACCCGGCGCUAAGCGCCGCUGCUCGCCCGGCCCGGCUGCCAUUCCCAGCCGCGCUCGAACAGCCGGACAACAUUCGACACCUCGCCUGCUUCCCGGCCUCUGGCGCUUGCAGCCAUUGGCCGCCUCUUUUAAGAGCGGGCCGUAGCCAAUCAGAGGCCACAGGGGCGCGGGCGGGGGCGUGGUCGGGGGGCGGGGGCGCGGCGGGCGGCGUGCUGCUCGGGCCCGCCAUGCCGGGCGCGCUGCCGGGGCCUGCCCCCGGGACCCCCGCGGGGCUGGCGAAGGGCGCGGCCGCGGCGACCCCCAGCCUGCCUCGUACACCGGCGGCCACCACCGGCGCUAUCCGGGCCACGCUGACGCCCACCGUGCUGGCCCCGCGCCUGCCGCAGCCGCCGCAGAACCCGACCAACAUCCAGAACUUCCAGCUGCCCCCAGGAAUGGUCCUCGUGCGGAGUGAGAAUGGGCAGCUGUUAAUGAUCCCUCAGCAGGCCCUGGCCCAGAUGCAGGCCCAUGCCCAGGCCCAGCCUCAGAGCACCAUGGCUCCCCGUCCUGCAACCCCCACAGGUGCUCCACCUGUCCAGAUCUCCACCGUGCAGGCUCCAGGAACACCUAUUAUUGCACGGCAGGUGACCCCAACUACCAUAAUCAAGCAAGUGUCUCAGGCCCAGACGACUACGGUACAGCCCACUACAACCCUACAACGCUCUCCUGGGGUGCAGCCUCAGCUGGUUCUGGGUGGUUCUGCACAGACAGCCUCACUUGGAACAGCCACAGCUGUUCAGACAGGGACACCUCAACGAACAGUCCCCGGGGCCAGCACCACCUCCACAGCUGCCACGGAAACUAUGGAAAAUGUGAAGAAAUGUAAAAGUUUUCUAUCUACAUUAAUAAAACUGGCUUCCUCUGGUAAACAGUCUACAGAGACAGCAGCUAAUGUGAAAGAAUUAGUACAAAACUUAUUGGAUGGGAAAAUUGAAGCAGAAGAUUUCACUAGCAGGUUGUAUCGAGAGUUGAACUCUUCACCUCAACCUUACCUUGUGCCUUUCCUGAAGAGGAGCUUACCUGCCUUGAGACAGCUGACGCCAGACUCCGCGGCCUUCAUCCAGCAGAGCCAGCAGCAGCAGCCACCUGCCUCGCAGGCUACCACUGCACUUACAGCUGUGGUGCUGAGCAGCUCGGUGCAGCGCACAGCUGGGAAGACAGCCGCCUCUGUGACCAGUGCCCUCCAGCCUCCAGUCAUCAGUCUCACUCAGCCCACACAGGUUGGCGUUGGCAAGCAGGCACCGCCCACACCACUGGUGAUCCAGCAGCCCCCGAAGCCUGGAGCCUUGAUCCGGCCCCCGCAGGUGACCUUGACGCAGACACCCAUGGUCGCAUUGCGGCAGCCUCACAGCCGGAUCAUGCUCACCACACCACAGCAGAUCCAACUGAACCAGCUGCAGCCAGUCCCCGUGGUGAAACCCACCGUAUUACCUGGAACCAAAGCCCUUUCUACUGUAUCUGCACAAGCAGUCGCUGCACAGAAAAACAAACUCAAGGAGCCGGGGGGAGGCUCCUUUCGGGAUGAUGACGACAUCAAUGAUGUUGCAUCAAUGGCUGGAGUGAACUUAUCUGAAGAAAGUGCAAGAAUAUUGGCCACAAACUCUGAGUUGGUUGGGACACUGACUCGAUCCUGUAAGGACGACACCUUCCUCCUCCCCGCGCCUUUGCAGAGGAGGAUACUGGAAAUAGGUAAAAAGCACGGCAUCACGGAACUGCAUCCGGAUGUAGUGAGUUAUGUGUCUCAUGCCACACAGCAAAGGCUGCAGAAUCUUGUAGAAAAAAUAUCUGAAACGGCUCAGCAGAAAAACUUCUCUUAUAAGGAUGACGACAGAUAUGAGCAAGCAAGUGAUGUCCGGGCUCAGCUCAAAUUCUUUGAACAGCUCGAUCAGAUUGAAAAGCAGAGGAAAGAUGAGCAGGAAAGGGAGAUCUUGAUGCGGGCAGCAAAGUCUCGAUCCAGACAAGAAGACCCAGAGCAAUUAAGGUUGAAGCAGAAAGCAAAAGAGAUGCAGCAGCAGGAGCUGGCACAGAUGCGACAGCGAGAUGCCAACCUCACGGCACUGGCAGCAAUUGGGCCCAGGAAAAAGAGGAAAGUGGACUGUGCUGGGCCGGGAUCGGGAGCAGAGGGUUCAGGCCCAGGCUCAGCAGUCCCAGGCGGCUCCGGCGUAGGAACUCCCAGACAGUUCACACGGCAAAGAAUCACGCGGGUCAACCUCAGGGACCUCAUAUUUUGUUUAGAAAAUGAGCGUGAGACAAGCCAUUCACUGUUGCUCUACAAAGCAUUCCUUAAGU